AUGAGAAGCAUUGUAUUCCUUACAUUUGUUCUCCUCACUUUUGCUACUGAGGUAAUCAGAGUAGAUCCAUAUAUUUCACAUGAAGACAGAAGAAAAUUAGAAAAGAAAGCUGAACAAAAAUUUGCUGUUGAACUCUUAAAGGCACGUAAACAUCAAGACCAUUUAAAACAACAUAUCAAGAAACAGUUGUCCGUAUUAAAGGCAAGAAGAGAAACUUAUCAAAAGGUUCGUGACUCAACUAUAAACGAAAAGAAAUCAGUCUCUAAUGAAAUUGCACAACUUAAUGCCCAAAUUAAAGCACUUGACCUUGAACCAGCUAAAGCUCGUUUAGAAGCCAAAAAGAGUAAUUCUACUGAAUCUACUGCAGAUAAAAAAGUGUCUGAUGCUAUUAAGAAAGCUACUGCAGAUAAACUUAAAUUAAGCCAUAAAGUUACACACAAAACUUUAAAAGUAGAAAAAAUUGCUAAAAGACUUCAACACUAUACAAGAAAGCUUUCAGAAGCUGAUAGAGAUUAUAAAAGAAUGGAAUAUAAACAACAAAAGUUACAUGCUAAAAUUGCUACUACUAAGAAAGACAUUGAAGCUAAAAAGAAUCAGUAUAUCAAAAGAGCAUUAAGACAAUUAGAAAGAGUUGCUAGAGUAUCUGCUAUUAAACACAUGAUUAAAAAGAUUGAAAGAGAACUUGAUCAAGUAGAAAAUGAACAAGAAAGAAAAAAAUUAAUUAACAAACAAAAAACUGCUGUGACUAUGUUAAAGAGAAUUGAAGCUAGAGUUAACAUCCAUAAAUUAAGAAAGUCACAAAGAAAAGCUAGAUGGAAUCAUAUUGCUAAUGUAAUUAAGAGUAUGAAUAAUUAUAAAAAAGGAUGGAAGUAUGAUCAAAAACUUAGAAUGUUAGAAGUUGCUAAAGCUGUUACUGCUGUUAAUGCUAUCCAAAAAAGAAUUAAUACAUUAAUUCAUAAUGCCAAAAAAACAGGAAAGGUAGAUGCUAUGGAAUUAAAUAAACUUACUGAUAAAAAGAAUGCAGCAAUGAACAUUCUUGAAAAGGCUAGAAGUUCACUUGAACUUUUUGAAGAAAAAGGAGAGAAGACAUUAAGAAAUUAUAAGUUAAGAAUUUUGAGAUUAAAAAUGGCUGAUGCAAAGAUUAGAAUCACUGAACACCAAUUAUCUAAAGACGCAGCUAAAGUUACUAAGAAAGAGUUCUUAACAAGAAUUGAUAAAUUAAAGAAACUUCAAAAAAGAAUGGGAUUAUGUCCAUUAAAUAGAUUAAGAAUUAAAAGAAGAUUAAGAGUCUAUAAAAAAGAAGUUACAAUCGCUACUAGAAAGAUUAGAAGAAAUAACAAAAGAAUCCAUUCAUUAAAAAUUCGUGUAGAAUCUAUUGAAAGAAGAAUUAGAUUAAUUCAAAAGAAGAGAAUUGCUAAGAUUGUAAGAAAAUUAAAUCAUUUAAAAGGAAAAUUAAAUGGAGUUAGACAUCAAAUUAUGGCAGUUAGAGUUAGAAAGAAUUCAACUCAAAAAGAUAUUUUAAUGGUCAAAGUAAGAACACUUCAAAAUAUUGAAAAACAGUUAAAGAAUACUAUUAGACGAUUUGUUAAAAGAAAUGGACAUGUUAUUAGAAAACUUGAACAAUUAAGAAAAGCAGAACUUGAAGCAGCAAGAAAGUAUUAUAAGAACAAAAAAGCUAUUGCUAAGAGAAUGAAGGUUCUUAUUAAUAGGUUAAGAGUUAAAGUUGCUAUCUUUAAGAGAAAAGUUAGUAGAUGUAAGAAUUCACCAUUCAAACAAGUUAGAGUUAUUAGAUUAGUAAAGAAAUAUGUUAAGAAAUUAGAAAAAGCUAUUGCAUCAAGAAAGGAUAUGAAAUUAAAGGUUAGCACUGCACGCUCUAGAUAUAUUACACUUAGAACUAAAGCUAUCAAUAGACUACAUACUAGAAGAUCAGAAUUAUAUGCAAGACAAUCAUGGUUAUUAAGUGAAUUGAAGGCUCUUGCUAAGAGAGAAACUGAUAUUCAUAACACAAUCAAAAAGACUACUGUCUUAAAAGCUAUGAAAGGACUUUACAAAGAACUUUCCUUUAUUAGAAAGGAAGGAAAGAGAGUUCAAUUGAAAUUAUUCAAGGUUGUUAAGAGAAUUCAAAAAGUCAAUCAAUUAUUCUUUAGACAUAAUCAAUACACUGCCAUUAAAAGGGCAAAAGCUGUCUUUAAGAAAUAUAACAAGAAGUUUGUUACCUUUGAAAAGAAAAAAGCAGCCCUUAAGAGAAAGAUGGCUGUUUAUCAAGCUGAACAAAAUGAAAUUUUCAAAAAACAACCAUAUGCUGUUAAUAAGAAUGCAUUGAAUGAUAGACUGAGAAUCGUCAAACAAGCUAUAUCUGAUAUUGAAGCUGAUUUUGCUACUGUUCAAAAACAAGAAAAGAGAGUUAUUGUUAGGUCUUUGAAAUUAUCACAUGAAUAUGAUGGGUUGUUAAAGGUUAAACUUUCAGACCUUAAAAUUAGACUUGCUGCUAAACAAAAGGAAAGACCAGUUGUUUCUAAGACUGCUCUUUAUACUAUUGAUUCAAAUAAACAAAAGCAUGCUGUUAGAAGACUUAAAGUUAUUGAUGCCAGCAUUGAAGAACUUGAUAAUUCAAUUGAAAAGACCAUUAGAAAGAUCAAGAAAACUCAUUUCAGAAUUGGAAAGUUAAAGGCUGCUCUUCAUCCAGAAGGAAAGAAAUGCAAUAAACAAACUGAUUGUAAGAUUUGUAGAAAACUUGGUAAAGUUGCCAAAUAUGGCAUUGUUCAUCAUGAAUCAGAUUCUAUUAUCAUUAAUAGAUUAAGAAGUGUUUGUACUAGAAUUAACGCUGAUAGACAAAAAGAGUGUUAUCAUCAAGCUAUGAAUAUGGCUAUGAAAGCUCUUCAUACUUUUGAUCCAUCAAAAUUCGUUGUUAGUGAAGUGUGUUCUUCUCUUGGAAAAUGUUAA